AUGUCUGAACUCACCUUCGCAUCCAUCAAUGCCAAUGGGCUGAAUACGCCUGAGAAACGUUCCUCCAUUCUCCGGCUCUUAUGGUGUAAAAAGGUGCAGAUUGCCUUCAUUCAGGAGACCCACUUUCGCAAGGACUCUAUGCCGAAAUUUGGUUCCCCCAGAUACCCGGAUGCCUACCACAGCUGCUACGACUUAUCCAAAUCUAGGGGUGUGAGUAUCCUUAUUGCCAGAUCUACUCCCUGGGAAUUCCUAGAUUCGAGCUCGGAUGAUACCGGUAGGUUUCUGUUUGUCAAAGGUAAACUAGGUGGCCAGGUGUAUACUUUGGCUAACAUAUACCUUCCUAACACGAAACAACUGAGAGCCCUAACUAGAAUUCUAUCUAAAUUAGAUGAUUUUGCUGAAGGCACUCUAUUGGUCGGAGGAGAUCUAAAUGUCGCACUGGAUCCACUUGUGGAUGUAUCGAAGGGUUCCUCUCACUUGGCCUAUUCCUAUAUCCGCCGUAUCAGGAGCCUUCUCCAUACUCAUCAGUUGAUAGACGUUUGGCGUACAGUCCAUCCGGAAACCAGGGAUUAUACGUUCUACUCGGCCCCUAGAGAUGUGUAUUCUAGAUUGGAUUACUUUCUAAUUAGACACUCGGCUGUUCCACUAGUAGCUUCCUCCUCAAUUGACCCUAUUACUUUCUCUGACCACGCCAUGCUGCAUGUCUCCUUGAAAUCUCCUCUUCCUACGGCUAGAUCUUGGCAGUGGCGUCUUAAUGAGUCGUUAAUGCAGGAUCUGGUAAUCUCGCAAGACAUUGACCUAGCUCUUUCACGUUAUUUUGAGGAAAACCAGGUUAAUGAUACCUCUCCUUUGACAGUGUGGGCUGCCCAUAAGUGUGUGAUUAGAGGGGAGUUCAUCAGACAUGGAGCUCGGCGUAAGAAGGAAAGGGCACUGGAAAUCUCUCAAAUCCUGAGGGAGAUUUCAGAUUUGGAGCAGUUGCAUAAACGCUCUCAUGCGCAAUCGGCUCGUUCAGCUCUUGUACUAGCCAGAUGUAAACUCAAGGAUAAGUUAGACACCCGUACAAAUUUUCUUUUAUCCAAGGGUAGGAGGCAUUUCUUCGAGUAUGGUAAUAAAUGUGGCAGGCUACUGGCCAGAUCAUUGAGGGAACAGAGAGCUAGGAAUUACAUUCCCAGUAUCACUCCUCCUAGAGGUCACGCUCUGAGUAACCCCGAUUCCAUAACGGAGGCUUUUGCCCACUUCUAUCGAGACCUUUAUAAUUUACCGCAGUCUACCCAAGCUGGUUUGUCAUUGGACUCAGUCAUGAGUACAUACCUGUCAGCUUCAGGUUUACCUAAACUACCGAGUGAGGCCCUUGAGGGUCUGAAUGGCCAAAUUACUACUGAGGAGAUAGGUGUAGCCCUAAAGUCGAUGCAACCUAGUAAGGCGCCGGGUCCUGACGGGCUUCCGGCCUCAUACUAUAAGAGAUAUCUCUCCCUUCUUCAAACACCUCUUGCUAACGCCCUGAACUGUGUGAGCUCUGGUACUCCCCUCCCUAGGGAUAUGUUACACGCUCACAUUACUGUGAUCCACAAGGAAGCUGGCAUUGAAAUUGAUGGACAUUUGGAAACUGAUUCAGAUACUGAUGAUGAGGAAGAGGAAGAGAACACAAAAAGAAAGAUAACUGGCAGAAAGUCAGCCCAAAAAGACUCUCAAAGGAAAAAUGAGAGUGAAGAAGAUAGUAGUGAAGAUGAGUCACCAAGAGGAAACAGAAAGACAAGGAGACGAGCCAAAUCAGGACAAAAUAAUGAGGAGGAGGAGGAGGAGGAAGCUGAAGAAAAAGGAGCCAGGACAACAGGUUACAGGGGCAGAGCUAAUGCUAAGAAGAGAGUAAAGGAGGAAGAAAAUAGUGAGAAGAAGGGAAAGAAGGAUGAACAAAAGAAGAGUGGCAGUGAUUCGCAAUCUUCAGCUUCCUCCUCAGAUGAAGAAUCAAUGACUGAAGAAGAAAUGGUGAAAUUGAUGGAACAAGUUGAGGAAAAGAAGAAGUUGAUUUCUACCAUUAGGAAUAAGCCAUGGCGCAUGAAGAAAAAACUUGCCAUUUUAAGGGAUGCUCAGAAAUUUGUGGAAAAAUUUGAAGGUGCACUGGGAAAGGGAAAAGGGAAGAAAUUCUAUGCAUACAAAGUCAUGAUGCUAAAGAAAUGGAUCAAAUUUAAACGGGACUUUGAAAAUUUUAGAACAGCCUGCAUACCAUGGGAAAUGAAGAUUAAAGAGGUGGAAAGUCACUUUGGUUCAUCUGUUGCAUCUUACUUUAUAUUCUUGAGGUGGAUGUAUGGAGUAAACUUGGUGCUCUUUGGUCUAAUAUUUGGACUUGUGGUAAUUCCAGAGAUAUUAAUGGGUUUGCCAUAUGGCAGUUUACCACGAAAGACAGUGCCUAGAAAUGAAGAAAAAACUGCCAUGGAUUUCUCAGUCCUUUGGGACUUUGAGGGUUAUGCCAAAUAUUCUGUUUUGUUCUAUGGUUUUUACAACAACCAACGCACAAUUGGAUGGCUGAAGUACAGACUGCCACUUUCUUAUUUCUUGGUUGGAGUUGGUGUCUUUGGAUACAGCUUGAUGGUGGUUAUCAGAACGAUGGCAAGUAAUGCCAAUGAAAGCACAGGUGAUGGAGAUGAUGGGGAUUAUAACUUCAGCUUUAAAAUGUUCACUAGCUGGGAUUACUUAAUAGGAAACCCAGAGACAGCAGAUAACAAAUUUGCAUCCAUAACUACCAGUUUUAAGGAAUCUAUUGUAGAUGAAGAGGAAAGCAAUAAAAAUGAAAACAUUCAUCUUACUAGAUUCCUCCGGGUUUUGGCCAAUGUAAUGAUAAUAUGCUGCUUGUGUGGAAGUGGUUAUCUUAUCUACUUUGUUGUUAAACGCUCACAGACAUUCUCCAAGAUGCAGAAUAUUGGCUGGUAUGAAAGAAAUGAGGUUGAGAUAGUGAUGUCGUUGCUUGGUAUGUUUUGUCCCCCACUGUUUGAAACUAUUGCAAAUUUAGAAGAUUACCAUCCUCGGGUGGCAUUAAAGUGGCAGUUGGGAAGAAUCUUUGCUUUGUUCCUUGGCAAUCUAUACACAUUCUUGCUUGCUCUGAUGGAUGAUGUUAAUGAGAAACUAGCUCAAGAGGAUGCUGUAAAGAAUGUCACUUACUGGACUUUAUACAACUACUACAAUUCUACCACCAACAUAAAUGGAACAGACACCACCCCACCACCCCUACCUCCUGCUGAUGUCCCUAGAGGUCCCUGCUGGGAAACUAAUGUUGGAGUUGAAUUUGUAAGGCUGACCGUAUCUGAUAUUAUGGUGACAUAUGUGACUAUUCUAGUUGGGGAUUUCCUCCGUGCCUGCUUUGUAAGAUUCAUGAACUACUGUUGGUGCUGGGACUUGGAAGCUGGGUUUCCUUCCUAUGCAGAAUUUGAUAUAAGUGGAAAUGUGUUGGGUCUGGUCUUCAAUCAAGGAAUGAUUUGGAUGGGUUCUUUUUAUGCUCCUGGAUUGAUAGGAAUCAAUGUUCUCAGGCUGCUGACCUCUAUGUACUUCCAAUGUUGGGCAGUUAUGAGUAGUAAUGUUCCCCAUGAACGUGUAUUUAAAGCAUCUAAAUCAAAUAACUUUUACAUGGGCCUUCUUCUGCUUAUCCUUUUUUUGAGUCUACUGCCAGUAGCCUACACAAUCAUGUCUCUCCCGCCUUCAUUUGACUGUGGACCUUUCAGUGGGAAGAAGAGAAUGUUCGAUGUUAUCCAGGAAACAAUGGAAACUGACUUCCCACCUUUUGUUGCCAAAAUUCUGAGUUCUAUAGCAAAUCCUGGAUUAAUCAUACCAGCCAUUCUGCUUAUGAUAUUAGCAAUUUAUUACCUCAAUGCUGUAUCAAAAGCAUAUCAGCAAGCAAACAUAGAUUUGAAGAAGAAAAUGCAGAUGCAAAGGGAAGAGGAAAAAAAUAAGAGGAAUAAUAAUACACAAGCCAAUUCUGUUAUGAGAGAUCUAGAAGAACUACUUCCUCCAAGUGCAAGAAAUGCCCUCAGGCUUCAAAAUAAUGCAACAGGUAUGAAAGGGUAUGAUGGGUCUGAAAAAAGCUGA